GGAUCCAGGGCCUGUGGAAAAGCCAGAGAUUCCCCCCAACCCCCUCCAGGACUCCCAGGCCGGAGGAGUGGGCCUAGGAGUGGGAGCGGUUCCUUAUCCUUGACUUUCCCCUAGGGGAGUACCUUGCACCACAAAGUUUUCUCAACAAAGCCGGCCGACUGAGUUCUCUGACCCAACAUAGUUGCUCCCUCUCCAGGCCAGUCUGGAGGGAGAGCUGGGGUGGCCCAGGCCUCAGGGAGCCAGCUCCCUCCCACCAGGCCUCCAGAGUCCUGCACCAGCUCCCGGGCAGCCCUCUCCUCCCCUUGGCCUGUCUGGCACUCAGCCCUUCCCCCACUCAGCCGCAGACACAAGAGUCCUCUCUUCUGUGGUUCCGACCUCAUCGUCUCCUCUGUGGUUCUUGCUUUGCUCAGAGCCUAGGCCUGGGAGGAGGAGAGGAAUGGGAGCACUUCCUUUCCAGGACUUGUGGCUCUCUUGACUCCUUUACUUGACUAAGUCUCCACCUUUCUCUAUUGGAUAUGAAGUGGAGGUUGUGGGUGUGAGUAUUUAGAUCUGCCUACCUUCUUGAAAGACUCAUCCAGAAGAGGGAUUUAUCCCAGAGCUCCUGGAAUAUGGAUUCUCCCUACCUCUCCCCCACCGUCCCUCCUGUCAUCCUGCCCUAGGAGAAUUCCCUUCAGCUUUACCCCCAGAGAGCUGAGGGCCUGACCUCACUCCCCCUGACUUCCAGCUCCAGCAGCAGGCCACUCUCAUCCUUUCCCAGAGCUGAAGCAGCUGCUCCCCCAGCAGAGGUCAUAAGCCUGGGGUGUGACUACCCUACAGGUGAGGCUGGGGCAAAGGGAGUUGCCUGCGUAGUUGGGCACAGGCCACAGCAGGCCUUCUGCAGGCACAAGCUGUGGCAUCAGCCAGUGCGGGUCGGAGCAAGUUUAGAGCUCCUGGGAGAGCAGCCCAGGACAGGAGCAGCCUGCUUUGCCGCACUCUGGUAUACCAGAGGUUAAACUUCUGCUCCCAGCUCCCCAACCCCCCAAGGAGGGGCUCUCUGAGCCGGGUGGUGCUAGGGUUGUUCUGGCCAGGCCUGUUGGCUGAGGAGAGGCUGUGUUGUUUACAUCUUGGGCCCUAACACCCGUCAUCAGCCUUGGGGGAUCACUUCCCAGAACCAUGUUGCAAUUCUUGCCCCUGCGGGCUCAGGUCCCCAGUCAGCUGCUCCUGAAUCACCCCCAGCCCCAAUGCAAGAGCACGGCUCCACAACCAGAGCUGGGGCCUGGGCCUGGCGGUGAAGGGCGACGUGGAGAGCCAACCUAAUGACCUAGGGGAUGCAGCGCUCCUCUGUGUUCCAAGCUCCCCUCCCAGGCACCCUGCAGCCCCCUCUGGACUCCUUCAGAUGGUAAAGCUGGAGCAGGGAGCAGAGCUGUCUAGGUAGUAUUUCCCCAUAGGAGGAUCCCAGGAUGCUCAUAUUCCAUAUAUAACUUGUCUCAUUUUACUUUUCAGGCUUUAGGAAAAGACGCCAUUGUUCUUACAAUAAAGGCUGACUUUUUCCUCAACAGGGCUUUGCAGUGUGUGUAUACCUUUCAAUCAAACGCCAAAAACCUAGCUUUACCUACAGGCAGUAUGCCAGCCUUUAUGUUAUGAACAAUUCACAACAUACCUGAAAUAAACUACAGAUGCCAAAAUACUCAAUCAAAUACUAACCCUAACCACCACCCCAAUCUCCCAUUUCCUCUACUGAGAACCUUAAGUGAGUCUUAGGUCCCAAGCCCUAGGUCAGAUGCUGUCUGGAUGGGGACAGUGGCAGGAUCCUGGCUCUGCGGCUGGAUCACAUCCCCACCACCUCCAAAGGCCCCAGCUUCCCCUGUCAGCAGCCAGCCUGAGCCCUCGCUCCUUUUCUGCCGUCCCUUCUGAAAAGAUCUCGGCUGUGAAGAUCCUGGAGGCACAGCGUGCCUGUCCCAGGAGGGCCUCAUGCCAGGCCCCAGAGUGGAGUCCCCUCAGCCUCUCCCCUCUCCAGCCACCAUGGGCUUAACCCAGCCUCUGGUGGGACAUGCUGUAUUUACAAGAACACUGACACAGAGAACGAAAGUGCUAGAAGGAACCUCAGCUCAGAGAAGACAUCCUAGAACUCAAACUACCAGGGCUCCCAGCAGAGGACUUACAGCCAAGGCUCAAAGCUGUGGCUCCCCGCCCCUCUAAGAGGAUAAGCCAUGCUAGAGCCUGGGCCAGAGUUUGGGUCCAGCCUGGGAGUUCCUCCAGCCCUACUGCCUGAGCCAGGCUGGAAGCUCAUUGUCCUUUCCACACCAAGCCAAGAGUGUGCUCCAGGUGCCAUGAGGAGGCAGAGGGUCCUCUGGGGCCAGGUGGGGCUGCUCCAAGCCACAUCCCUUUCCCUACAGGCCUGGCUGCAGCAGUAUGGCUACCUGCCCCCCGGGGACCUGCGUACCCACACACAGCGCUCGCCCCAGUCACUCUCAGCGGCCAUCGCUGCCAUGCAGAGGUUCUACGGUCUGCGAGUGACAGGCAAGGCUGAUGCAGACACCAUGAAGGCCAUGAGGCGCCCCCGCUGCGGUGUUCCAGCAAGUUUUGGGGCUGAGAUCAAGGCCAAUGUGCGAAGGAAGCGCUAUGCCAUCCAGGGCCUCAAAUGGCAGCAUAAUGAGAUCACUUUCUGCAUCCAGAACUACACCCCCAAGGUGGGCGAGUACGCCACAUUCGAGGCCAUCCGCAAGGCAUUCCGCGUGUGGGAGAGUGCCACGCCGCUGCGCUUCCGAGAGGUUCCCUAUGCCUACAUCCGUGAGGGCCACGAGAAGCAGGCUGACAUCAUGAUAUUCUUUGCUGAGGGUUUCCAUGGUGACAGCACACCCUUCGAUGGUGAGGGUGGCUUCCUGGCCCACGCCUACUUCCCAGGCCCCAACAUUGGCGGGGACACCCACUUUGACUCUGCUGAGCCCUGGACCGUCCGAAAUGAGGAUCUGAAUGGGAAUGACAUCUUCCUGGUGGCUGUGCAUGAGCUGGGCCAUGCUCUGGGUCUUGAGCAUUCCAAUGACCCUUCGGCCAUCAUGGCGCCCUUUUACCAGUGGAUGGACACGGAGAACUUCGUGCUGCCUGAUGAUGACCGCCGGGGCAUCCAGCAACUUUAUGGGAGUGAGUCAGGGUUCCCCACCAAGAUGCCCCCUCAACCCAGGACCACCUCCAGGCCCUCUGUCCCUGAUAAGCCCAAAAACCCCACCUAUGGGCCCAACAUCUGUGACGGGAACUUUGACACCGUGGCCAUGCUCCGAGGGGAAAUGUUUGUCUUCAAGGAGCGCUGGUUCUGGCGGGUGAGGAAAAACCAGGUGAUGGAUGGAUACCCCAUGCCCAUUGGCCAGUUCUGGCGGGGCCUGCCCGCAUCCAUCAACACUGCCUAUGAGAGGAAGGAUGGCAAAUUUGUCUUCUUCAAAGGAGACAAGCACUGGGUGUUCGACGAAGCUUCCCUGGAGCCUGGCUACCCCAAGCACAUUAAGGAGCUGGGCCGAGGACUGCCUACUGACAAAAUUGAUGCUGCUCUCUUCUGGAUGCCCAAUGGAAAGACCUAUUUCUUCCGAGGAAACAAGUACUACCGUUUCAAUGAGGAGCUCAGGGCCGUGGACAGCGAGUACCCCAAAAACAUCAAGGUCUGGGAAGGAAUCCCUGAGUCUCCCAGAGGGUCAUUCAUGGGCAGCGAUGAAGUCUUCACUUACUUCUACAAGGGGAACAAAUACUGGAAAUUUAACAACCAGAAGCUGAAGGUCGAGCCGGGCUACCCCAAGUCAGCCCUGCGGGACUGGAUGGGCUGCCCGUCCGGGGGCCGGCCAGAUGAGGGGACUGAGGAGGAGACCGAGGUCAUCAUCAUCGAGGUGGACGAGGAGGGCAGCGGGGCAGUGAGCGCGGCCGCUGUGGUGCUGCCUGUGCUGCUGCUGCUCUUGGUGCUGGCGGUGGGCCUCGCUGUCUUCUUCUUCAGACGCCACGGGACCCCCAAGCGGCUGCUGUAUUGCCAGCGCUCCCUGCUGGACAAGGUCUGACCCCCACUGCCGCCCGCCCACUCCUACCACGAGGACUUUGCCUCUGAAAGCCAGUGGCAGCAGGUGGUGGUGGGUGGGCUGUUCCCACCCGUCCCGAGCCCCCUCCCCCCACUCCCACCCCCCACCUCCCUUCUUCUCAGUCCCGUGACUGGCCUCUCCCACCCUCCACGCUGGCAUUGCUUCUUCCCUAGACGGGUCCCCUGGGGGCUGAGCAGGGGCCGCCUUUCCAACCCCUGCCCCUCAGGGGCCCCCGUGGCUUGAUGUACGUUCAGCCCCAUCUGAAUGUCUUGGCUCUGCACUUGAAGGCAGGAACCUCAGACCUCGCUGGUAAAGGUCAAAUGGGGUCAUCUGCUCCUUUUCCAUUCCCUGACAUACCUUUAACCUCUGAACUCUGACCUCAGGAGGCUCUGGGCUCUCCAGCCCCGCAAGCCCCCAGGUGUACCCAAUUGGCAGCCUCCCACAACUCUUUCCUGCUAAAAGAAAUCUAAUCUUGUUGUGGCGGGGAGACCCUGAGAGAGUGAGGGGGUGGGAGCUGCACAGCCGCCCUAAGACCUUGGGAGGAAAGCUCAGAGAGGGUGAGUCCUCUCCCCACAGGUCUGCCUCUGCUCCACCUGCCCCCGAGAACAUCCACAGAAGGAGCCUGAGCCAUUAAGGACUAACCUGGGGCUGCAGAAACCCUUGACAGCCCCGCCCUCCCAAACGUUAGCCUCGAAUGGGGAGGUCAGGGUUUCUAGAGCUGAGACCAGGGGGUGCAGCUACGAGGUGGGGUGGGGCCAAGGAGAGAGACUUGGCCCGGAGCCCUGGGGGUGAGCCUGGAGGCCCCAGAGAAAGAAACUUGCUCAAAUGCAGGCAGCUGGGGUAGGGACCCAUGGGCAGAGCAGUCAGAAGGGACAGGACAGGACCAAAAGGCAAACCAGGGAGGGGAAGCAGGAGUGCACAGCUGGGAGCCUGGCAGGCUAAGCCACCAGGGACACCACAGGGUGGGCUGUGGUACCCAGGGGAGGGCACAUUUUAUUGGAGCUCUCAGGAAGGGCCUGAGAAAGGCACACCUGCUCCUCCUUGGUGCCCUUGCUUCAAUCAGACAGCAGAGAGGGGAAGACAGGGAGCCCAAGAAAGGAGCAGAGAGGGUACACACAUCUGGGGACUGGAGACUUGGGACCUUAAUGGGAGCGGCCACCUAGUUAGGGAGCUGAGGAUCAGCCUGCCUCAGCCAGCCUCUGAGAAGGGGCAGGUGCCUGGGCAUCUCUUGUCAGGUUAGCCCCUCACUUCCUGAUGCCCCCUGCCCCUCAGCCCAGCCUACAGGUGUCCUGCCCCCCACCCUCCCCCCUCCCCCAGCCCACACAUUUGUAGUCUCCUUCGGCCACUGAAGGUGGUCAUGGUACCGGAGGCUUGGGAGAGUGAGACACCCUGGGGGGGGCAGUGAGAGGAGAGGGAUGUCAGGGGUGGGGGGGCAGGGGGUGGGAGAAAUGGGGUGAACGGUGCUGGCAGUUCGGCUAAAGUUGUCUUGUUUGGGGUUUUUUUUGUUUUGUUUAAUGUAUAUUUUUAUUAUAAUUAUUAUAUAUGAAUUCCCUUCAAAUCGUUCCUUUUUGUUAACAAGGGGCAUGGGGAGGGGUGGGGGUGGGGGGCAGAGGCAUCCGACCCCAGGAACCUGCAGGGCGGGGCUGGGUCAGUGCCCUCUAAGGACAUUUUUGACCUUGUUCAACCUUUCCACGAAGAAUAAACCGUUUCACAUUCUU